CAGUCGUGGUGCAAGCUGCUGACGGGCCGGCGCUUCGCGGUUUGAAUGGCUGCGGGCCCGGGCCCUCGGCGCAUCUGAAGAGCCGCGGCCUCCGGUGCGCCAUGCCAUCUGGAGGCAACCAGUCGCCACCGCCUCCUCCUCCUCCGGCCGCAGCCAGCUCGGAGGAGGAGGAGGAGGAGGAUGGCGACGCCGCAGACGGCUCUCAGCCCGCGGGGUCACCGGGCCCUCAGAUCCAGCAGCGGUUCGAGGAGCUGUGCAGCCGCCUCAACAUGGACGAGGCGGCGCGAGCUGAGGCCUGGGGCAGCUACCGCAGCAUGAGCGAGAGCUACACGCUGGAGGGGAAUGAUCUUCACUGGUUAGCAUGUGCCUUAUAUGUGGCUUGCAGAAAAUCUGUCCCAACUGUAAGCAAAGGGACCGUUGAAGGAAACUAUGUGUCUUUAACUAGAAUCCUUCGCUGUUCGGAGCAGAGCUUAAUUGAAUUUUUUAACAAGAUGAAGAAGUGGGAAGACAUGGCAAAUCUACCCCCACAAUUCAGAGAACAUACAGAAAGAUUAGAAAGAAACUUCACUGUGUCUGCUGUGAUUUUUAAGAAAUAUGAACCCAUUUUUCAAGAUAUUUUUAAAUAUCCUCAAGAAGAACAACCUCGCCAGCAAAGAGGACGAAAGCAGAGGCGACAGCCCUGUACCACAUCUGAAAUUUUCCACUUUUGCUGGGUGCUUUUUAUAUAUGCAAAAGGCAACUUCCCCAUGAUUAGUGAUGAUCUGGUGAACUCUUACCACCUGCUGCUGUGUGCGUUAGAUCUAGUUUAUGGAAACGCCCUACAGUGUUCUAAUCGCAAAGAGCUCGUGAACCCUAAUUUCAAAGGCUCACCAGAGGACUGCCACCCUAAGGAUUCUAAGCCUUCCUCUGACCCACCUUGUGUCAUCGAGAAGCUCUGCUCCUUACACGACGGCCUGGUGUUGGAGGCGAAGGGAAUCAAGGAGCAUUUCUGGAAACCCUAUAUUAGGAAACUUUUUGAAAAAAAGCUCCUCAAGGGGAAGGAAGAAAAUCUCACUGGCUUCCUGGAGCCCGGCAACUUUGGGGAGAGCUUUAAGGCUGUUAAUAAGGCUUAUGAAGAGUAUGUGUUAGCUGCUGGGAAUUUGGAUGAACGGAUAUUUCUUGGCGAGGAUGCUGAGGAGGAAGUUGGGACUCUCUCGCGGUGUCUGAAUGCUGCCUCAGGUCCAGAGAGUGCGGAACGAAUGCAGGCGAAAGACAUCUUGCAGCAGCAUCUUGACAAGUCUAAAGCCCUUAGAAUCUGCACACCACUGACUGGCGUGAGGUAUGUUCAGGAGAACAACCCUUCAGUGACCCCCGUCUCCACAACUACGUACAGCCUAAGCCGCCUUCACACCAUGCUGAGUGGCCUCAGGAAUGCCCCCAGUGAAAGGCUUGAACAGAUACUCAGGACAUGUUCCCGAGACCCAACUCAUGCUAUUGCUAACAGACUGAAAGAAAUGCAUGAACUGUAUUCUCAGCAUUUUCAGCCAGAUGAGGAUUCUAGUAAUUGUGCUAAAGAAAUUGCCAACAAAUAUUUUCGUUUUGCAGAAAUGCUUUACUAUAAAGUAUUAGAGUCUGUUAUUGAGCAGGAACAAAAAAGAUUGGGAGACAUGGAUUUAUCUGUUGUUCUGGAACAAGACGCAUUCCAUAAGUCACUCUUGGCCUGCUGCCUUGAGGUUGUCGCUUUUUCCUAUAAGCCUCCUGGGAAUUUUCCAUUUAUUGUUGAAAUAUUUGAUGUACCACAUUAUCAUUUUUAUAAGGUAAUAGAAGUAUUUAUUAGAGCAGAAGAUGGUCUUUGCAGAGAAGUGGUCCAACACCUCAACCAGAUUGAAGGGCAAAUUUUAGAUCAUUUGGCAUGGAGAACAGAGUCCCCACUGUGGGACAGAAUUAGAGAGAAUGAACACAGAGUCCCUACCUGUGAGGAGGUCAUGCCACCUCAGAACCUAGAAAGGACAGAUGAAAUUUGUAUUGCUGGCUCUCCCUUACCCCCAAGAAGGGUGAGUGAAAUACGCGCUGACACUGGAGGACUUGGAGGAGGUAUAGCAUCUCCAACCACAUUAUAUGACAGGUACAGUUCCCCAACAGCCAGCACUAUUAGACGGCGGCUAUUUGAGAAUGACAGCCCCUCUGAAGGAGGCACAUCUGGGCGCAUCCCCCCACAGCCCCUAGUCAAUGCUGUCCCUGUGCAGAAUGUAUCUGGGGAGGCUGUAUCUGUCACACCAGUUCCUGGACAGACCUUGGUCACCAUGGCAACAGCCACUGUCACGGCCAACAAUGGACAAACAGUGACCAUUCCUGUACAAGGUAUUGCCAAUGAGAAUGGAGGGAUAACGUUCUUCCCAGUCCAGGUCAAUGUUGGAGGCCAGGCACAAGCUGUGACAGGCUCUCUCCAGCCCCUCAGUGCUCAAGCCCUGGCUGGAAGCCUGAGUUCCCAACAGGUGACAGGAACAACUUUGCAAGUCCCUGGUCAGGUGGCCGUCCAGCAGAUUUCCCCAGGUGGACAACAGCAGAAGCAAGGCCAGCCUUUAACCAGCAGCAGCAGUCGAGCCCGGAAGACUAGCUCUUUAUCACUUUUCUUUAGAAAGGUUUAUCACUUAGCUGGUGUCCGCCUUCGGGAUCUUUGUGCAAAACUAGAUAUUUCGGAUGAACUGAGGAAAAAAAUUUGGACCUGCUUUGAAUUCUCUAUAAUCCAGUGUCCUGAACUGAUGAUGGACAGACAUCUGGACCAGUUGUUAAUGUGUGCCAUUUACGUGAUGGCAAAGGUCACAAAAGAAGACAGAUCCUUCCAGAAUAUCAUGCGCUGUUACAGGACUCAGCCACAGGCCCGGAGCCAGGUAUACAGAAGUGUUUUGAUAAAAGGGAGAAGGAAAGGAAGAAAUUCUGGCAACAGUGACAGCAGAAGCCACCAGAAUUCUCCAACAGAACUAAAUAAAGACAGAGCCAGUAGAGAUUCCAGUCCAGUUAUGAGGUCAAACAGCACCUUACCAGUUCCACAGCCCAGCAGUGCCCCUCCUACCCCAACUCGGCUGACAGGUGCCAACAGUGACAUUGAAGAGGAGGAGAGAGGAGACCUCAUUCAGUUCUACAACAACGUCUACAUCAAACAAAUCCAAACAUUUGCCAUGAAGUACUCGCAGGCAAACAUGGACACUCCUUCCCUCUCCCCCUAUCCAUUUGUAAGGGCAGGCUCCCCUCGCCGAGUCCAGUUGUCUCAGAACCAUCCCAUCUACAUUUCCCCACAUAAAAACGAAGCAAUGCUUUCUCCUCGAGAGAAGAUUUUUUACUACUUCAACAACAGCCCAUCAAAGAGACUGAGAGAAAUUAACAGUAUGAUACGGACCGGAGAGACUCCAACUAAAAAGAGAGGGAUUCUCUUAGACGACGGAAGUGAAUCACCUGCAAAAAGAAUUUGCCCAGAAAAUCAUUCUGCCCUGUUACGUCGUCUCCAAGAUGUAGCCAACGACCGAGGUUCACACUGAGGUUAGCCUCCAGUAUGGAAACUGUCUUCACAUCAACUGCUUAGCAGUUAAUGCAUGCAGGAUUAUGGAACAUUGCUCCUUAAUCCAGCAAUAGAUUAGAGCCUGCUAGAAAAAGGAAGCUCUCUGACUGGGUGUAGCAAUAUAUACCUGUUAUCCUAGCACACAAGAGACAGAGGGCAAGAGGACCAGAAGUCUGAGGACCAGAAGUCUGGGCUACAUGGCAUGUCUGAGGCCAUCUUGGGCUAUCUGUAACCCUGACUCAGAAACAAACAAAAAAGGAAGGACAUUGUGGUGAGAAUUUAGACUUACUUCAGGAUGUUUUUAUUCACCCCAAUUGCCUCUCCCCCUACUAUUGAGUGCUUACCUUCAACACUGCCCAGAAUCCAAACCUGGAUUUUUAACUCUGGUAAACUCUUACAAGUAUUGCAGAAAACAAAACUUUAGAAGUUGUAUAGGUGUGCCCCAGCAGAGGAAUUGUAUUUCAAUUCAUUCCCAUUUGCCUAUGAUUAGGUCCAACCAUGUGCUUUAGGAUGAAAACACCUGCCAUGUUUACAUUCACGAAACAGAACAGAGGGGAUGGCCCAGACCUGGACAUCUCCAGGCACUUGCCUAAGGCUCCUGUUCCCUUGAGCACUGUCCCUUCCCCAGGAGAUGUGGUACAGUGCAAAAGUUGUGCAAUGUGUGAAUGAGCUUGUGUAAUUGGUGGCACUUUAGGGCUGUAAAAUGCACGGCAUUGUAACCCAGAUUUUGCUGUAUAUUUAUGAUGGCACUUUCUAUAGUGUGGACUUUAGUAGGUACAAGACUUCUAGGCUAAACAGCCAAUAUUUUAAUGCUUUUCUUAAAGGACUUGAUAUAGCAACACGUUCUGAGCACGUGUAAAAUGCUCUAGUUUGUAGCAGUGGCAUUACAUAGGGAUCAUCUGGCUAAGUAAAGAUUUUUAAAUUAAGAUGAAUCGAGAAUUCAAAUAUCUUUGAGGGUAUUCCUGGAAGUUAAAAAAAUAGGUUGGAGAAUUUAGGUUUUUAUUAGUACAUAGUACCAUUUAUACAAAUUAGAAAAUUAUUUAACAGCUAUUGAUUAUCUACACAUAUCUUUAUUAAUCAUUAUUGUUCCAGUCGUUUUUAAGUUGGACUAAUAAUCCUAAGGAGAAAAUUCAAUUGUAAAUUGGAUCUUUCUAAGCCAAGUUACUAAGUAACUUGAUACUGCUCUAAAGAACAGACCUGGCACUGUCCACUGGAGCAGUGCUGUGCGAAGUACUUAUAAAACCUCUUGGUACCGCUGCUGUAAUUUUAUAUGAAAAUAUGUGUAUUUUUCAAUAAAGCACUUAUAAAUUA